CUCUUUCCCUAUAUCUCCUGGACUCAAUAGACUGCGAGGAGUUUCAUAGAAAUCAAAGGGACAACUAAACCCAACUUCAUCAUCACUCUCAGUCCGAGCCCAAAAGUAGUGGCCCAUGGACUCUUCCACCGUUGACGGCAGCGCGUCGCUUCCAUCCACCGGAACCGACGCGAAGAAGCGCCGCGUCUCAUACUUCUACGAGCCCACAAUCGGCGACUAUUACUACGGGCAAGGUCACCCAAUGAAGCCUCACCGUAUACGUAUGGCCCACAAUCUCAUCGUACACUACUACCUACACCGUCGUAUGGAAAUCAGUCGCCCUUUUCCGGCGGGUCCCGAUGACAUUCGCCGGUUCCACUCGCCGGACUACGUCGACUUCCUUUCCUCCGUUUCGCCGGAGACUCUUCAUGACCAUACCCACGCGCGUCAUCUCAAACGCUUCAAUGUUGGUGAGGACUGCCCUGUUUUUGAUGGGCUUUUCGGGUUUUGUCAGGCUUCUGCUGGUGGAUCUAUUGGUGCUGCUGUUAAGCUUAAUAGGCAAGACGCUGAUAUAACUAUCAACUGGGCCGGUGGGCUCCACCAUGCAAAAAAAAGUGAAGCUUCUGGAUUUUGCUAUGUCAAUGAUAUUGUUCUCGGUAUUCUUGAGCUCCUCAAAGUUCAUAGGCGUGUAUUGUAUAUAGACAUAGAUAUUCACCAUGGUGAUGGUGUUGAGGAGGCUUUUUUCACAACGGAUAGAGUCAUGACAGUGUCUUUCCAUAAGUUUGGGGACUUCUUUCCCGGUACAGGGCAUAUCAAAGAUAUUGGUGCAGGUCAAGGGAAAUACUAUGCCCUAAAUGUCCCAUUGAAUGAUGGGAUGGACGACGAUAGUUUUGGUCGUCUAUUUCGUCCCGUAAUUCAAAAAGUCAUGGAGGUCUAUCAACCUGAUGCUGUCGUUCUUCAAUGUGGGGCUGAUUCACUGGCUGGAGACAGGUUGGGUUGCUUCAACUUGUCUGUCAAGGGCCAUGCAGACUGCCUUAGAUUCCUCAGAUCUUUCAAUGUCCCUCUAAUGGUAUUGGGGGGUGGAGGUUAUACCAUAAGAAAUGUUGCGAGGUGCUGGUGUUAUGAGACAGCAGUUGCAGUUGGGGUAGAACCAGGAAAUAAAUUGCCUUACAAUGAAUAUUAUGAGUAUUUUGGCCCAGAUUAUACUCUUCAUGUUGAACCAAACCCCAUGGAGAAUAAGAAUUCACCCAGGGAUCUGGAGAAGAUCAGGAACAUAUUGCUCGAGCAACUCUCGCAAUUACCUCAUGCACCUAGUGUUCCAUUUCAAACCACUCCUUCAACAACAGAAGUUCCAGAGGAGGAAGAGGAAGAUAUGGAUCAAAGACCAAAACCACGUAUAUGGAAUGGAGAGGAUUAUGAGUCUGACGCUGAUGAAGAUGAGCAUCCUAGACAACGAAGUUCAGAUAGUAAUCUUACUCCAGUCGAAACAACUGACAUGAGGGAUGUCGACGACCAAGCCAAAGUAGAUGACGACAUGGUUGAUGCUGAUCACUAGUUCAAAGCUAUCUUCUACAUCUUGGCAAGUGCAAUAACUGAUAAUUGGUUCUGGGUUGAAAUUACAAGCUGUGAUCUUUGGACCUUCCCCUCUACUUAUCAAUUGUUCCUCAGUCUCCUGUGCUAAAUGGAGUAGAAAUAUGAGCUGUUAUACAUGGGAAAGUUGCACUUGAAUGUGGCAAUGGAGUAUUCUAAGUGAGCUCAAGUUUUGUUUUUGCAGAUUAACUGUGUAGAUUGUAGUUCGUUGGUUUUAGACUAUAGAUUUAUGAGUUACAUGCUAAAAGUGGGAGCCGGAUGCUAUCCCUUGGAAACGGACAGUUGCAUCACAAAAGUAAACAGUGUCCUUUGUUCUUACCGAUAUCCGUGCUGAUAAAUCUGUUGUCUGUGAGGGUUAUCCAUGUAGUACUGUUGAUUAUCCAUGUAAUUUUCAGACAAUGAUAAUUCAACUUCUUAUGUAGAAAACAAGAUUAUUUUAAAUAGAGGGUGGUGAUCAUUGAUCAGUC